ACAACAAGGGGAAGCCUCGCCGCCCGGGUUCGGAGCGGCCAGCAACCAGCUCCUGACAAUCGUCGCCGCCGAGCUGAGAUCUCCCUGCUAGCUGCAAUCUCCGAUGCCUCCGUCCCCUCUGGAAGAACAUCUGGUGAUACGGGUGCUGCAGAGACCCCGGUCGUUGGCGCUGCAUCUCGACCAGGCGGUGUGCGGCCCGAAGGUGCCCGGCUUGGCGGAGGAGACGCUGGUGGCCGGACUCGGGCCCGAGGGGCAGAGCCCGAGGCUGCGCUGCCGGGGGCAACAAGCGGCCAGGAAGCCUCGGCUAAUGCAGCAGCUGCCCGGCUUCGGGAGGAGAGCGGUGCAACGGAAAGCGGCCUUGCAGCUGUCGCCGGCCCGGGAGAGGUCGGCCUGCCCCGCCAGCCCGGCGGCCAGCAGCUGCCGGGGAAGCAUGCACCCGCUGAAGUGCGGCUGCAGGGGCUGCUGGCGGCUGGUGCGCCGCGAAGACUCGGGCGCCUCCUCCCCCUCCUGCGUCCCUUGCAAAGCCGGGAUGAGAGCCCUGGGCUGCGGCGGUGCAUCCUCGGGGCUGCGGCGGCUCGGCUGCCUGCCCGCCCUCAGCUGCAUCACCUGCGACCCGGGCGUCAGGUCGCUGGGGUCGAGCUGCAGCUUCUGUAGCAGCGACCCCAUCGUGACUUACGACCCCCGGGCCGGCCAGGAGGAGGAGGGGGGCGGCCGCCAGCUCUGGCCCAGGAAGAUGACCGAGUCCAAGGCGCACCAGCAGUCCGGCGUGAUCCUGGACUGCCGCAGCCUGGUGGAGUACACCAAGAUCCAGCUGCAGGGAGCCAUGAGCCUGGGCUGGCCCGAGGGGGCGGCGCGGGGCCCCGGCGGCGGCGGCGGGAGCGAGCACGCCAAGCUCACCGUCUUCGACCUGCUCUCCAGCCGGGACGCCAAGCACUGCUGGUCGCAGGACGCCGGCCGCUCGGAGGUCCGGCCCAGGAAGGCGGGCCGGCCGGCGGCGCCGCACUCGCUGCACCUGGUGCUCAACCCGCUCGGCGCGCCGGACAAGGAGGCUCCUCCGCAAGGUGACGCCAGUGAGGGUCCCGCCUCUGUUUUGGGGAGCGAGCCGUCCAGGGCGCCCGAGGCCAGGGACGCGACCUCUGAGCCCCCGGCUGGCCCGCUGACCCCUGACAUCGAGAAGGCGGAGCUGAGCCCCAUCCUGCCCUUCCUGUACCUGGGGAACGAGCAGGAUGCUCAGGACCUGGGCCGGAUGAGGCAACUCAACGUGGGCUACGUGAUCAACGUCACCACCCACCUGCCCCUCUACCACGCCCAGGGGGGCGCCCUGCGCUACAAGAGGCUCCCGGCCACUGACAACGGCAGGCAGAACCUGCGGCAGUACUUCGAGGAGGCCUUUGAGUUCAUAGAGGAAGCCCAGGAGUCAGGGAAGGGAGUGCUGAUCCACUGCCAGGCAGGUGUGUCUCGCUCCGCCACGCUGGUCAUCGCCUACCUGAUGAAGCACACGCUAAUGACCAUGACGGAUGCCUACAAAUACGUGAAGGGCAAGCGCCCCAUCAUCUCCCCCAACCUCAACUUCAUGGGGCAGCUGCUGGAGUUCGAGAUGGACCUCAACAAGGGGCUCACACCCCGCAUCCUCACCCCCAAGCUCACCGGGCUGGAGACAGAGGUGUAGACCUGCCCUGUCCCCUCCACUUGUGAGGGGGGGUGGGGGCAUCAGAGCCAGCCAGGAAGGGGGUAACUGACCCAGGAACAAAGCCUGGACACUUCACCCCCACCCCCUCCCCGCCCACCCCUCCCACCCAAGGAAUCUCACACCGCGACCAACUCUAACCUGGCAAACUGCCAGCCUGCACUCUGGGACCCUGGUGAGUUCUGAUACCCCCUCGUGCCAUGGAGGGGGAAGAGCGUGCGUCUUCCAGGAGUUGGCGCGGGGUUGGAGUGUGUCAUUUGUGUUGGGGGGGUAGUGGGGAAGGGUAUUGGUGGGGUUGGGUGAGGUGAAAUUUAUCCUGAGACUCUUACUGUGAAAACCGGUCACACUGGACAGAUGUAUUUGGCAGGUGAGAUGACCAUCUCCCUCGGCUGGACUUGAGGCUGGGUUGGGGGGAGGGCGCUACCUCUGGUUCGAGGUUUCUGUCCUUGAGCCCCCACUGUGCUCCUGCCCUCCCCUGCACCUAGAGAUGGGUUCUUUCCCCUCCCACUGCCACCCACUGAAGACGACAGUACAGCACCAUCUUUCUUUCCAAUACACUUCCUAGGUGGCUUCCAAUGGGUGCUGGGUGGGUGGGGGGUGGUUUACACUGGCCAAUGGGUGCAGGAGGGGGGUUUACACUGGCCAAUGGGUGUGGGGGGAGAACACACCAGCCAAUGGGUGUAGGAGAAGACGGGUGGGGGAAGAGACCCUGACCGAUGGAUGGAGAGGGAUCAGGUUACCCCAGGUGAUGGUCAACCCUGCCUGUGUUUGCAGAUGGGGUGAAUAGGACCCAUGCCAACAGGAGUAAAGAGAAAAGGACACCCACACGAGGGGUAGGUUGGAUGUCCACCAUGAGGGAAGUGGGCUUGAAAGACCCUCGGGUGGCGGGGGCAGGACCCUCAGACGGGGAGAGCUCAGGGUGAGGGAGGAGCAGACGCUCUGGCUACAGUGUUCACCUGUGCUACCAUCCCAAGGAGAGAAGGCUCCAUCAGCACCAAUCACCUGGGCACAGGCCGGACAGUGACAACAUUCUCCUCACCAGCUCCUGUACAUUUGAUGCUUCACACCGAGUUCCUGUGGACCCUGAGGGGUACAACACUCUGCGGGGAGACGGUGGGGCCUUGGCCAGUGAACUGGACUAUUCCCAGAGAGUGGACAUACUCCUUUAACCAUAUUCACCUCAAUCCAUUCGCCUCGGAUUCUGCCUUUUUUUUUGAUUAAAGUCUUCCAGUUGCUUUAAGGAGAGAGUUUCCUAGGCACCCCAGCUUGUGGGGAAGUGAGACGCUCUUCAUCAGCCUCUGACCCUCACUAUAAAGGCAUGAACACAGGACUGAGCAGAAACUGAUGGGACGGUGCAGAGGGAGCUUCACGCUGUGUCUGACCCCGGGAGUGUGUGAUGGGACGGUGCGGAGGGAGCUUCACGCUGUGUCUGACCCAGGGAGUGUGUGAUGGGACGGUGUAGAGGGAGCUUCACUCUGUGUCUGACCCCAGGAGUGUGUGAUGGGACGGUGUAGAGGGAGCUUCACUCUGUGUCUGACCCCGGGAGUGUGUGACGGGACGGUGUGGAGGGAGCUUCACUCUGUGUCUGACCCCGGGAGUGUGUGAUGGGACGGUGUGGAGGGAGCUUCACCCUGUGUCUGACCCCGGGAGUGUGUGACGGGACGGUGUGGAGGGAGCUUCACUCUAUCUAACCCCUGCCCUGGGAGAGUGUGACAGGAUGAUGUGUGGCCCCCAUCUCUCUGACGCAGACUGCUCCUGCAGAGCCCAUUCGUAUCUUGCACUAGUGAACCUCCUUUGCGUGUGGGCAUAGGAAGCAUGUCUGGUCAUUCUGCUGUGGAGGCCAUUGCAUGUGUACCCCAGGCUGUCCUGCACAGCUGGCUGAGCAGCAGAGGGUGGGGAGAUGGCCGGGGCUGGAGAGAGAUGUUGGGAGUGCUUCAGAUGUCAGAGACAGAAGUGACGAUAUGGCCUCCCCAGUCAAACAUGGGCCUGGUCCAAAGUCAGUGACUGUCCAUUUGCCAUAACCUACCUCCUCUUCCCACCACACACUGCGCCAAACUACAUGAUAAACCCGCUCACAUCGGUGACCUCAGAGCCAUGAUCAAAGGUGAAGCUUUGACCUUGGCUAGCGAUUUUUGUGUGUGUGUGUCAAUCUAUGUUGUUUAAC